AAGAGUGAAGAGUGAAGAGUGAAGCUCUCGCGAGCACAUCGAGCUUCAUCUCCGAUUCCAUUUCCAUUUCAAUUUCACAUUCUCUCUGUAUAUCUUUCCAUUAUGCCUCCAAGAAUCCUGUUAUGCGGCGACGUUUUUGGGCGGCUAAACCAGCUCUUCAAGCGCGUCUCAUCGGUGAACAAAUCGGCGGGUCCAUUCGACGCGCUUUUCUGCGUGGGCCAGUUCUUCCCGGACUCGCCGGAGCAGCUCGACGAGUUCAUGGCCUACGUCGAAGGCAGCUCCCAAAUUCCGAUUCCUACUUACUUCAUCGGCGACUAUGGCGUCGGUGCCGCUAAAGUAUUGCUGGCGGCUUCCAAGGACUCCGCCAAUCGUGGUUUCAAGAUGGACGGUCUCAGAGUCUGCGAAAACUUGUUCUGGUUGAAAGGCAGUGGCAAUUUCUCCCUCUUUGGUUUAUGUGUGGCCUAUUUAUCCGGGAGAAAAUCACCGGAAGGGCAACAGUUUGGAACCUACAGUCAGGAUGAUGUUGAUGCUUUGCGAGCAAUAGCCGAGGAGCCCGGAAUUGUCGACUUGUUCUUGACCUACCAUAUUGCAGGCACUAAAGGUAUAUACUAUACCCGUGAACCAUAUUCCAAUGUUGAUGCUGUGCAUGUGACUCGUUUCAUAGGGCUUGCUUCUGUUGGAAAUAAAGAUAAGCAGAAAUUUAUUCAUGCACUUUCUCCCACUCCAGCAUCUACCAUGUCUUCCACUGAGAUUGCCAUGAAAACCACAAAUAGCACCUUAUCACCAUACACACUCAUGGAAAAAAGUACAUCUCCGAAGGAUGUCUCUAAGAGAUCUGGUGAUGUGAUGUCUGACGAUCAAUAUUGGAGAUAUGAUGUUUCUCAAAAGCGUCGAAGACAUGAUGCUGGGGAAGGGGAAAAAAUAUGUUUCAAAUUUGUAUCUUCUGGUUCUUGCCCACGUGGAGAGAAGUGCAAUUUUCGACACGAUGGGGAUGCAAGGGAACAAUAUAAGAGAGGGGUUUGCUUUGAUUUUUUGAAUAAAGGAAAAUGUGAAAGGGGUCCAGAUUGCAGCUUUAAGCACAGUUUGCAGAAUGAAGGCGAUAUGCCUCCUUCUAGGCGGCCUGGAUCUGAAAAUACUAGAUCAAAAGAAUGUUGGUUUUGCUUGUCAAGCCCCAAUGUGGAGUCUCACUUGAUCAUAAGCAUUGGUGAAAAUUACUACUUGGCACUGGCUAAAGGUCCACUUGUUGAAGACCAUGUGCUGAUAGUACCAGUUGAGCAUAUGCCAAGUACCUUGUCUCUGUCAUCUGAAUCUGAAGUUGAGCUCUGUCGGUUUCAGAACAGUCUUCAGAGGUAUUGCAAGAGCCAGGGAAAGGAAGUCAUCUUUUUUGAGUGGGUUUCCAUACGCGGCACUCAUGCAAAUCUUCAGGCCAUUCCUAUUCCAUCUUCCAAGGCAGUUAUGGUUGAAAAGGCAUUCAAUUUAGCUGCACAAAAGAUGGGAUUUAAAUUUGUGUCCAAGAGUUUUGAUAGCAUUUCUGAUGGAAGAAAAUUUCUGAAGACACAAGCUGAUGGGGAGUCAAGUUUGUUCUAUGCCGAAAUCCCAGGAGGCACAAUUCUGCUGCACCGUGUUGAGGAGAAAGUGAGAUUCCCUGCCCAAUUUGGACGUGAGGUCCUGGCAGGGUUGCUCAAUAUGGCAGACAAUGCAGACUGGAGGAAUCGCAAACAUAACAAAGAGGAAGAAAUGAAAAUUGUAGAAGAUUUCAAGAGCCGAUUUCAAGAAUAUGAUCCAAACUGUUAAUUGUUCAUACAUCGAAGACUCAAUUUUCAGCAGUGCCACUUGUGAUUACAGUCUCUUUUGGUUAAAUGUCCAAUUGCUUUAGGUGCUGAAUGCCAAAUUAAAAGUUGUUCAUUAUGUGACAUGAAUUGGUGUUCAUGAGACUUCAUGAUCUGACAUUUUUCUCAGCAGUUUCCACGAUGUGCAUUGUGGAGAUGCCACCUCAACUUUGGGUUAGGAUAUAUUUCAAGUGAAGAAUCAUAAAUCUAAAGUCGCUAUUCUAUCAAGCUGUAUGCAGCAACCAACUUGCACGAGCUGCAUUGAAGCUCUGAAACAAGCUGGCUUAGUUGAGGGUGAGGUGAGGGAAGUUUGUUCCAACUUUCAACCGGUGAAUUUGUAUCAUUUUGUACGAUAUUAUUUAGAUGUUACAACUUACAAUAUUUGUGCUGGUAGUUUUCGUAGAGUUAACAGUGUAUAUUUUAUAGACAAAUAAUUUUACUGGUUUAUGAAAGGCCCUUGUUAUGGAAA